AUGACUGACGGCUCCGACAUUGUUCUCAUCCUGGUGGCCAUCAUCCUUCCACCGGCGGCAGUGGCCUUCAUCACAGGUUGCUCAUGUGAUCUGAUGAUCAACAUCCUGCUGACCUUAUUAGGAUACUUCCCUGGCCACAUCCAUGCUUUCUGGCUCAUCUACAAGAAGAUGAAGGCCGAAGAGCGCUACAACGGCGCUGUCACGUACCGAGGAAACGGCGAAUGGGUGCCCAAGAACGUCCAGCCCGUGCAACCUGUCUACGGCGCACCGCCUCCGUCUUACGGCGCGACCCACUAG